UCAUCGGGCAUUGCAUACCGAGCUUGAAAUAAAUUUUGAUCGGAAUUCGGCUCGAAGGAGAAUAGGAAUGGUUUUUAAAAUAAUUUCGAGCGCACGGAGCGGACAGCAUAGAUCAAAUAAACGAACGCAACUAGUGCAAUCUGCACUAGACUUCGAGUAACCGAAUACUUUUUCUUUUGUUUACCUUUGAUCUGACAACAGUCAAAAACCACAACCUAAAAUUUUAUUUGAAUUUUGAAUUAUGUUUUUGUUUGAAUAUCUCCAUAGUUUUUUUUAAAUAUUUAGUUAGCUUGAAUUAUUCUAAUUAAUAAUAUUUGUGUUAUCUAUUGCUAAUCGCCUUUUCCAUUCAAUAAGAUGAAUUCCGAUGAAAAUUUUGCUGCUAUUAGAGAGAAAAUCAAAUCCUUGCCCUGCAGUCCACAAGUUGUUGAUGAUGUUAGAGAAAUCUUAGGCUAUCUUACUUCCCUCGAGUUUUCUAGAACCAACACUUUAUUCAGGGAACUGUUUCAAAAGAUCUGUGAUAAAUUCACAAAUAUUUUCUCAGAGAACCUCGAUAUGUUUGAAACGUCAGAAGAUGAUUUUGUGAAAGUAAUAAUAAAAUUAAACUAUGGAACUGUUUUGCAAGUAACUGAAGUCAUACUAGAAAUGUUGGAUUUAGUGUCCAGAAAUGCCCCAGUGGAACUCUUACACAUUGAACCUAUAGUAGUAUAUGUACCGAGCCUCGUCCAAAUGUACUCUUUUCAUUUAAAUAACUGCCCAGAAUUGCAUAUGGAAACUUUUAUACAUGAAAUAACGGAAAUUACGGAAGCCAUAAAGCAUCUUUAUGGCAUCUAUUUACAUUUGCUGGAAUUUUCUAUUACAAUUUCCAGUGAAAAUGAAAUUCUAAGUGCGGUUUUGAUGGCUUUAUGCCAAAUGCCUAAAGAUUUUUCCAAGAUUGAUCCGAAAUGCAUACUUUCAUGUUGGAAAUGCUUUAAUGUUCUUACCAACAGAUAUAAAGCUUAUAUAGGGCAUUUCGAUUUUUCAGUUGUGGUCAAGUUGAUAAAUGAGUUUGUUUGUGAUUUAUUAGAGAAUAUGAAUACGAUUUCAGAAAAACAAUCGAAAGUUAUAAAUUUUAUUAUAAAAAUAUUGUUCAUUAAUAUUCAAAGAAAUUUUUAUGAUAAGUUAAGUGAAUUUGUAAAAGAUUUGCUAAUUUUUUACAUAAAAAUGUAUAAGUUUAUUAACUCAGAAGUACUCAAUGAAAUCUUCAAGCAAAUAGAAGGAUAUCUUGGGGAUUUACUAGCAGAAAAACCACAUGUAUUUAAGCAAGCCAUUGAGAAUUUGAAAAUAGAAGAUAUGGAUGAUUGUCCAAUAGGAAGUUUGAGAUUCCUCAAUAGGAUUUUGCAACUAAUCAAUGGGGUAUCUUUUAAUUGGCCAAUUAUCGCCUUGAUAAAUUACAUUUUUGAUGUGCUGCCUUUAUGUCAGAAGGAGCUUCUCAUGCCUCCCAAUCAGAAUGGGUGGGUUUAUCAAAAUUUAAUCGUCAAUAUGAGCGCCGCUAUUUUGAUUCACAAUGUUAAUGUUGAAGGCACAACACUGCUGAUUAAAUAUAUCUUGAAAGAGGAAGUUUUUGGUGCCUUGCUUGCCUUGGAGGUGUAUCUAUUGGUUUUACGUAAUAUUCCUGAAGACGACUGUACCAGGCUUGUAAUCAACUUAUUUAACGCCACUGAGAGGCUUGAAGGUGUCUACUUCACUCAUAAACCAGAAUAUAUAUAUCUGAAAUGUUUGCUUCAACGUAUAUUUAAGUUCCUAUCACAUAAAUCCAAGUUGGAUUUAUUGAAAGUGUUCCACCCUGAUGAGCACAUACAAGUUUGGAGGUUUUUGGGGUUUGCUUGUAUCCAGAAUCAGGAAAUUUUUGAGCCGGUUAUUAAUAAUACUGUAAAUUAUAUAAAGGAAUUGGAUAAUUAUAAGCGACGAACAACUCCCUUUGCUGGUAAUCAGAUGUCUAGCGAACCAAUAGCUUUGAAUAUUGGUGAAGGUAUUGGACUCUUGUCAACAAUAACCGACAGAAAUAUCGUUAAAAACAAAAUAACUACAAUAACGUCAUUUAUGGAUACAUUUUUGUCUUUGGAUUUUACAACCGAUAUAUUGAACAAUAAUUUGUUCCAAUAUUUCAUAAUGAAAAUUAGAUUUUUCGAUUCAAAAAUAAUCUCAAAAUUUCAAAUUCUAUGCCAAAAUCCUGCUUACUACACAUCAAUUUAUAGAAUAAUCUCAAGUUAUGCAACUUCAAACCAUCAAGACGCUUUAACUGAAAUUGCAAUGAUAUUUCCUUACGUAUUUGAAAAUACAUCGAUUCUAUUCAAACAACUUUACUUUGAAAUGUUGAGAGACCUAAAGGAUAAUAAGAAAACUAGUUUCAAAGUGUUACUGGAGCGUUUGGAUGCCAAAUUGGCCAAUCAGAUGUUCAAAUAUUUCGAGAGAUUUGAUCAUAUGAAUCCACGAAGUUCAUUGUCGCCAAUCCAUAUUGAAAUGGAAAAGUUCCAACAUAAUUGUCUCAAAUGGAACCAGGUUGUGAUGACGCCUAAGCAAAUGAAAUUUGAUGAACUGGAGUCUCAAAAAACUCAACAAUCUAAAUUUAACGAAAUUAAUGUAGAUAGAGGAGUCAAGCGUACACUGGAACUACCCAAAGUUACUGUGAAAAAAAAAUCCAAAACUAACUGUAUAAAAAAAUUUGAAGAGGAAAAACUAAAUUCAAGCGUUGGCGUAGAAAAUGAUAUUACUGCCGUAAGUGACGUUAUACAGAACCUUAAAAGUGAGACUAAAUGUUUGAUGAAAACUCUCAAGACUGAUAAAUUGACUGCGAAAAAUGCGAACGAUUUGAAAAAUAUUAUUGCUCAACUUUCUUCUCUAAUGUACCUAUAGAUAAACAAAUUUGUUGGAAUUAAAAUAAAAUAUAUUUGGUUUAGUUCCAAAUGUUGAACAGAUAUUAGAUUAUAAUAGAAUACGUAAUAUUUCGUUAAUUAUUUGUUUUUAAUUUAGUUUUUCACAAUAAAUUAUAUUUUUCGAUAUAUGUA